AACUAGCGGAACUAUAGUGCAGGGUGAGAAGCGGCUGCCCGGAGCUGACAGGUGGGUGCGCGUUUCCGGUGUCCUUCUACUGCCGGGGCUGACAUACAGGAGGGGACACGUGAAAGAGAAGAAGAAGGAUCAUGGCUCAGAACCUGAAGGACUUUGCUGGUCGUCUGCCCGCUGGGCCCCGGGGUCUGGGGACGGGUCUGAAGCUGCUGCUGGGUGCCGGCGCUGUGGCCUAUGCCGUGAAGGAGUCUGUCUUUACAGUGGAGGGCGGUCAGCGAGCCAUCUUCUUCAACCGGAUCGGCGGAGUGCAGCAGGACAAAAUCUUCUCAGAGGGGCUUCACUUCAGGAUUCCCUGGUUCCAGUAUCCAAUUAUCUAUGAUAUCAGAGCAAAACCCCGAAAAAUCUCCUCCCCUACUGGGUCCAAAGAUCUGCAGAUGGUGAACAUCACCCUCCGUGUCCUGUCUCGCCCUCUCGCCGCUGAGCUCCCCCAGUUGUACCAGCGGCUCGGCCUGGAUUACGAAGAGAGAGUCCUGCCCUCCAUUGUUAAUGAGGUGUUGAAGAGUGUGGUGGCCAAAUUCAAUGCCUCCCAGCUCAUCACACAGAGAGCCCAGGUCUCUCUCUUGAUCCGUCGGGAGCUGACAGAACGAGCAAGGGAUUUCAGUCUGAUCUUGGAUGACGUUGCGAUCACUGAACUGAGCUUCAGCAGAGAAUACACGGCGGCCGUCGAGUCCAAGCAAGUUGCUCAGCAGGAGGCACAGCGAGCUCAGUUUUUGGUGGAGAAAGCCAAGCAGGACCAGAAACACAAGAUUGUCCAGGCCGAGGGAGAAGCUACAGCUGCCAAGAUGAUUGGUGAUGCUCUCAGUAAAAACCCCGGCUACUUGAAACUGAGGCGGAUCCGGGCGGCACAGAGCAUAGCAAAGACGAUCGCUGGAUCCCAGAACCGCAUAUACCUGAACGCUGACAACCUGUUCCUCAACCUCCAGGAUGAUGCCUUCACCAGAGGGAGCGACAGUCUCAUAACCCAUAAAGGCAAGAAAUGAUGAACGGGACCAAAACUGCCCAAAACCUCAUGUAAUUUCCCCCAACCCCCUCCCUCCAUCUAUUCAUCUUCACCCCCAGAACGAUCGGAGUCUGCCCCACACACAUUGUUGGGCAGGACACGGGCUGCGCUGACAUUACCCCAGGCUGGAUAACACUGAGUGGAUUGUGUCCCCGGAAAAAGGCGACGCAAUUAUGUGAACUUUAAUAAAAAAUAAUAAUUCUGAUA